CUCUUCCGACGCUUCUUCCUUUAAAGGCGGAUUUAAAGCUCCGACUUCAGCCGCAGCUGCAGAACAACCGAGGCUUCAGGAGCCGCCGCGGAGCCACUGUCCCACCGACACACCAGCGGAGCCAGCGGCUGACACCACCCGGCGAAGGUACGACUUCAGGGCUUAAGAUUGCAGCCUGGACCAAACAACAACGUCUCAACGACAUUUAUGAAGCUUUCAAGGCCUUUUGAUUGAUCAGCCAAUCGAUGGGGAUUUUCAGAGGAGCUCCGCCCACCAUCGCCGCCUGCCCUCCUCCUUCCCCCUCCCCCCACGCCCCCACCCACUCCGUCAUCAAGCCCUCCAUACACAAAAUGACUCUGGAACUCACUGAAUGGUCUUCUAUAUGGAUUUUUACUACUUGUAAUAGACAGUAAGAAAGAGAGGGAGACAACCUCAAUGACAAAAAAGCCAUAAACACACACUACACUACACUACACACACACACACACACACACACACACACACACACAAAAAUGCUCCACUCACAAACACAAACAUGCAUGAAAGCACUGACAUACCAACAUACUAAUUGAAGCUUACAGAGUUUGCAAGGCGUGCUCUCACAAACCUGACAACACUCGCACAAACGCACAAAGUCCCGCUUGGAAUGUACCGCAAACUCUACCUGUGAAAAUUCAGCUGCUUCCUUUAUUUUUGGGGGGAUUUUGCUACCGAGAGCAUUUGGAAAGCUGAUUUUUGUGAUUUUUCUUUUCCCCCACUCAGUGGAGAAAACAAGGCAGCAAGAGGAGGAUAAAAAAAAACGCCUUGAAUUUGAAGUGUUUUUGGACAACUUAGGACAAAUGAUUGCUGAUUGACUAUUUUGUUUUCUUUAUUUUAGCAGAUAAGGAAAUUGAGAUUUGUUUUAGGUGUAUUGAUAAUAGUUUAUUUUUUCAUUUUAGAUAGAUUUUAUGACCUAGCGUGCUGGGACAUGAUCUGUUUGGGUCUUGUGGUAUUAGCACUCCAUCACUUCUCGAACACCUUUAAUAGGAUAUAACUAUCAAGUUACAACCACAGUCACGUUGUAGCAUGUAAAGAUUGUAAUUAAAAUACUUCCAGGACGUCAUUACUAGUUUUUAGAGUAACUUCAACCUUGAAACAAUUAGUUUGUGGAAAGAGAUAAGUAGUUUUGUUUUUUCUUUGGUGGCAGAUUUUUCAAGGGGUGCGCUUGUUUUCUUGUUGCGUGCAUGCUUACCGCCAUGCCUCCUCAGAACACAGAGGCUGACGCUAUGCAGGUCGGAUCUCUGGUAGGCGGUGUCAACGACAAAAACUCCUCUGCAUCAGGAUUGGACAAGGAGAAAGGAGGAGCAGGAGGCGAGGCGGAUGGAUCGGGAGAAGGCAGGGGAGGAACCCGUGGUGGGGAGGAGUCGGCGAGCGAAGAAUCGAUAGAAGGCAUCCCCAUGAAGAGAUGGUUGAUGCACGGUGCUGUGAUGUUCGGCCGGGAAUUCUGCUACGCCAUGGAGACGGCGCUGGUGACGCCCGUGCUGCUGCAGAUUGGUCUUCCAGAGCAGUACUACAGCCUGACGUGGUUCCUCAGUCCCGUCCUUGGCCUCAUGUUCACCCCUCUGAUCGGCUCGGCCAGCGACCGCUGCACUCUGCGAUGGGGCAGGAGGAGACCGUUCAUCCUGGCUCUCUGUAUCGGCACGCUGAUCGGAGUGGCUCUGUUUCUGAAUGGAUCGCUGAUAGGUCUGUCACUGGGUGACGAGCAGGGGAAACAACCGAUCGGCAUUGUUCUCACUGUGCUGGGAGUUGUGGUGUUGGACUUUUGUGCGGAUGCCACGGAGGGACCAAUCCGAGCGUAUUUGCUAGAUGUGGCAGACACAGAGGAACAAGACAUGGCGCUCAACAUCCACGCUGCCUCAGCUGGUCUUGGCGGUGCAGUCGGCUACGCUCUCGGAGGUUUAGACUGGACGCACACCUUCCUCGGAGCAAUCUUCAAGUCUCAAGAGCAGAUCCUGUUCUUCUUUGCUGCCAUCCUCUUCUCUGUCUCUGUGGUGUUGCAUCUCUUCAGUAUUGAGGAGCAGCAGUACUCUCCUCAACACGACAGGCUGGAUCAGGAGAGCCCAGAUCCCACCAACCAGCAACUUUCGGCCAAUGGCAGGGCAGGACACCUCGCUCCCAAGUUGGAAAUGAUUGGAGAGGAUGAAACGAUGGACAGCUACGACCUCUACGACCCCUAUGAAGAUGACAUGUCAGAUCGGGGAGAUAUGGACAUGGACUUUUUAGAGGUGGAGCUUGUAAGAAGUAAAAGUGACAGCGUUCUCGCCAUGGCUGACAGCACUCUCGACCACCUGGACCAUGAUGCAUUGUUCUUGUGCCACAUAGAGCCGUCCAUCUUCACCGACCGCCUCUCGCCCUAUCACGGCUCGCCACCUACAACCUCCUCCUUCUUCAACCCCAAUCACAGCACUCCCCCUCUGCGGUUUACCAACAUCAGACGCAGCAGCAGCGCAGGAAGCCAGGACCUGCUCCGACCCCACAACAACAACCAACAAACAAACACUCUCAGCCCCAGGAUUUCCCGCCUCUCUGCUUUCUUACAAGAAAUGGAGAACGACGACGGACAGGAGGCGCUGCUCAACAACCAGCUCAAUGAGCAGCGGACGCUAAACGGGCGGCUGUUAGCAAGUGUAACUAAUGCUGAUAGACUUAACACCAACAGCCUGAGCUCUAAAGGGCAGGCCCACCGCGCUGGAAUGGUCAAAGCUGCCAGUACCGGAGCUCCCAUGAGGCAAUCGCGUCACCGCCAUACCUUCUACCGCCAGCCCUCCUGCACCUUCUCCUACUACGGCCGGGUAGGGAACCACCGUUACCGCUACCGCCGCGCCAACGCCGCUCUUCUCAUCAAGCCGUCUCGCAGCAUGAACGACCUGUACGAGGUGGAGGCCAGACACAGGAGGAGGAGCAGACAGAGGAACAGACACAGAAGCGGAAAUACCAACUCCUCCAGUGGAGACACAGAGAGCGAAGAGGGCGAGGUUGAGACCACUGUGCGACUGCUGUGGCUCUCCAUGCUGAAGAUGCCCCCGGAGCUGCUGCGACUCUGCGCCUGUCACCUGCUCACCUGGUUCUCCAUCAUCGCCGAGGCCGUCUUCUUCACCGACUUCAUGGGCCAAGUCAUCUACCAUGGAGAUCCCACCGCUCCUGCCAACUCUACUUUGCUGGAAAACUAUCACAAAGGAGUUCAGAUGGGAUGUUGGGGACUCGUUAUAUACGCCAUGACUGCUGCCACAUGCUCAGCUCUCCUUCAGAAAUACCUUGACAACUUUGACCUGAGCAUUAAGAUCAUCUACAUCCUGGGGACACUAGGAUUCUCCAUAGGAACUGCUAUCAUGGCAAUCUUCCCUAAUGUGUAUGUCGCCAUGGUGAUGAUCAGUACCAUGGGCAUCAUCUCCAUGAGUAUCUCCUACUGUCCAUACGCUCUGUUAGGACAGUAUCACGAAAUGAAAGAGUACAUCCAGCACAGUCCUGGUAACUCCCGGAGAGGCUUUGGCAUUGACUGUGCUAUCUUAUCGUGCCAGGUGUACAUCAGUCAGAUCAUGGUGGCCUCUGGUCUCGGUGCUGUGGUGGAAGCUGUUGGCAGCGUCCGUGUUAUUCCCCUGGUGGCCUCUGGGGGCUCCCUCCUUGGAUUCUUCACUGCUUGCUUUUUGGUUAUUUACCCAUCACCUAACAAUGGGGAGGGGGAAUCGGCCAAAGCUUCAGAGAAACGGGCCUUGACGACGCUGGAAAAUCGCAACAGCAGCAACGCGGCCGUAGCCGUGGUGAUAGAGAAACCCAGCUUCCUGAAACUCAAUAAGGAGGGGAAGGCCACGACCACCACCACUUCCUGUCACACGGAAAACGAGUCUGCCCUGUGAUUGGCUGGCUUAAGUGACAGAGACUUUGCUGCAGACACAACAAAAUUUUAUUUUAAUCAUCAAUGCUGUUGGAAACGCCCAAAGGAUUUACCCUCCAUCCUCGCUGUGCUGGAGUUUACAGACAUAUGGAAGAGAAGGGGGGGUAGAAAACCACUCAACCUGGUGUGGGACCAGCGUAAUACCAGACCAACUUACCCAAUUAAAAAAAAAAAUCAUUCUGGUCCCAGUGCUGUUUAGCCGUCUCAGAAAUUCCAUUCACUCAAACCUCACACCGCCCAGAAGUGAGUAAUUCACUGGUCAUGGUUUUAAAGCAACACUAUGUCACUUUUACUGAGCAUCAGCGCCCUCUGCAGCCACAAGUGGUGAAUACAUCUGGAAAGCAGACAAAAAUGGCUUAAUCCCACUUGCUGAGCUAAAACAUGGCAGAAAGGUGUUUAUUCCUCACGACUCUCGUCUUCCCCAACAAGACGUGCUGUCACUGUUACAAGCUCCAAAGUGUUUCUGGAAAGUUUUCUGGUUGAAUAUUGGACAUUGAUCAGAGAUUUAAUUAGACUUGCUUCCAGUUUAAAUUCAAUUUAAACUGCGAGAUUGAGAUUGUAAAAACCAAAGUCACAUACAGUGACAGGAGGCGUUCAGGAUGCCGAGUGAGAAUGAAAGAGGCAGCAUUGACCCUUUUUCACAAAUCAGAGUUCCGUCUAAAUUUUUCUGAAGUCGUAUCGUAAUGUGAAGUAGUUGCAUAGUGUUGCUUUUAGGAGAGGUCUUCUCUGUCUCUCAGGGCCUCUAGGAGUUGCUACUGAGCAGCCGCCUGGACAGGAAACUUCAGGGGAUUCACAUUCAUACUCACUCUCACAUGCACAUACACACCUCUUCAUCUGAAUCAGAUGAACACCUGAAUAAUGAACGCUGUUGAUGAACAUUAGUCUUCGAAGCUGCAAUCAUUUAAAGAAAUAUUGUUCUUCCUCGCUGUGGAAUCGGAUCGAUGGAAUCUUUGCUUUCUGAUGUGGAUCGACAAGAGACUGUGUGCGUGCUGACUUGGCGUCACCAAAAUGAACACACUCGGUUUUGCGGGACCUUCACAGCGCUCAGCGACAGUAGCUUUAAGACUCUGGAGACUUUUGGAAGUGGCAUUUCUGAAACUAAGAGCCCGAAGCCUGUUUCACCCGGGAAAUUAUUGAUCUGGAGCCUCCACUUUGAAUGCCUGAUCUGUUUUUGCCCUCCGUCACAUGGCAGAGGGGCUUACAUCUUAAAUUCAGCUUUCACUCUGGGGCAAAGGUGACAAUAUUUGCAUGGCUCUGUGUUAAGUUGCCUGUUAAUACUGAGAGUUAGGAACAAAAAUAAAAGAGUGCCGAUGUAUAUUGAGUGAAAUUCCAGGAAAGAAAGAGCAAAGAUGCAAUUUGUGCAGCAAACAGGGGCAUUACAAUCCAAAAAUUCUAUUUUCAUGAUUUUUUGAGGACUCAGAGAAAAUAACAAUGAUGCUUCUGUUAAUUUUGGAUAAUCAGACUAACCUACAUGCUGCAUGUUAGAGGAGCGGAGGAGAGACCAACCAAACAGCACAGGAGAAGAGUUUCUCUCUCCUUUUACUUUGCUUAAUUCUUUUUAGAAAAUGCUCUUAACACAAUGUUUGUCAAGAAGUGCACAUUAGCUGAGCCAUUGUCGAUAAAAGUGUUGCAGUGUUUAGUUAGAGAGCGUUUGGUUGCAAUCCUCUCUGAGAUCUUUUUGGGGGUUGGAUUUGUUUGUUUCCUGACGCUCCUCUGUUCCAGUGGAUCCAGUGACUCAACCAGUAAUGACCAGUGUUUGCAAUGGGACACAAGCAUAUUAGAACUGAUCCUGGUUCUUUCAAAGAAUACAAAUAAUCAUCAGGUUUCUGGGGCCCAUGUGAUGUAAGAGAGAGAGGAUGGAGGAUUGUGGUUCUGCUAUAGGAUCCUUGGUUUCAUUUUAACAGGCCAGAUAUUAGUUCAGUUCAAGCUACAUUCAGCGGCUGGUUCAUUUGGCUGGCUCUGUCCAAUGAUCAUUAAGUCUGACUACCAACACUUUGUGUUUUUGUGCAUGUUGAAUAAACUAAAGAUUUAAUUGAAUGUUAAUCAAUAAGCUUUUGAGGUGCUGGUAGGCAAGUUUUUUUUUGUCUCUGGACAGAGCCAGGCUAACAGUUUCCCCCUGUUUCCAGUCUUAAUGCUCAGCUAAGCUAUCAGACUGCUGGUUUUAGCUUCAUAUUUAUUAUAGACACUUUUAAUGUUCAAACUUUAGAAAAAUGAAAAUCAUCUCAAUUGUCUUAACUUUGCGUUGAUUCAGAAUAAGCCAGUGAGGCAGAUUUCCCUUUUUUUAAUUGACCCUGAAGACCCAAUCAUUUAGCAAAAUGAAAAACUUCACUUUAUGGAAAAAUCUAAAUUUCCCUCCAUAAAAACACAAAAUUUACCCUGAAUGAAAAACAUUUAUUUCCUGAACCAAACAGUUAAAUUCACUGAAGAUGGUUCUGAUCCAUUUUGCAUUAAGCAGUAUUAGAGGCAAUUGAAGGGGAAACAAUUCUAAGAGUUCCAGAAUAAAGUUGUAAUAUUGUGAAAAUAAGGCGUAAUUCCAAGAUGAUUGAGUCAAUAUGAGAAAAGAUUUAAUUUUACAAGAAUAAAGUCGUAAUAUUACAAUUUUACAAAAAUAUGAAAAUAUUACACAAAACAAGUUUUACAAAAACAAUGCCCCAAAAAAGUAAUCUAUGAACUUACUCUGGUAAUAUCACAACUUUAUUCUCAAAACCUUUUUUUCUUCAUUGCGUCCCUAAUUCAAAAAGAGUAAAUCGUCUGCAUGUGCUGUUUAAUGAGGGCAAUCAGAGAUGUGAUGAUGGAUGAGGAAGUAAAACUGCUGAGUUGAGUUUAACUUCAACCUUGUUAACAUCAGUGCAGAGCGGUGAAACUGAUUCGAGGGGAUACAUGAUGCAAUAAUCUCUUAAUUGUACUUAUUAUUGUUGAGUGUAAACCCUUGAGGUUAAAUGACCUUUGUCUUUGGAAUGUUUCAUUCGCUGACGAUGCUGGACGGGUAAAAGUAAGCUUGACAUUCGGAGGGGAAAAGAAGAUUUUAUUUGUUUUCUGACAAAUCAGGUGGUUUGUCGCAAUAUCGGCCGUAGUUAAUCAGCCGGGUGUUGGACAGCGUGUUUUUUUGCGGACAGAGCAGGGUUGUUUGUUGCAGGGGUUUUUCCUGCAUCUGUCAGGGUGAAAGGCCGUGGAUCUGGGUCAGUUUUCCUUUCAGCUCAAUCAGCUGAAACAUGCAAAUCAAAGGAAUCGAGAUGUAAAUUGCUGUGGGUUCAUUUAACAAUGAAAGCAUAUUUUAUUUGAGUGUGUAUACCAGAUUUUAGUGCAGAUGUUUUGGGGUUUUAGGAGAGAAUUUAUUGAUUGUUGUUAUUUUUUUCUGGGUGGAUGCUGUUACAGAGUUUUUACAACAAACUAGAUUCCUUCCAUAAUUUCAGGUACAUUCAGUCAGUCCCAGAGCAGAGCAGAGUGGAGAGGAGAAGGAAUAUAUUUGCUUCCCAGGUCGACACUGCUCUUGCUGUAGUUCUGGGACGAUGUCAAAGAGGAGGAGGUGCAGGUGCUGUGGGUUUUUCACAGCUUCUGGAACCACUACGGCAAUAAAACAUUCUGUAUUAAAACAAAACAAACAAAAAAAGGACACACAGCUUCAGUUUGUGGACAAACAUGAAGAUAAAAAAACAGACUUUGGGUUUUGGAGGUUUGCAUGCAACAACAGCGACAGUGCAUGUGUGGAACACCAAAGUACGACUCUGUACAACUCACUCGAUCUCUUUACUUGUUGUCCUCAUAGGUCAGGGAUGUAUUUUCCAAUGCAUGGCUGGAUGUUUGUGUCUUUUUUUGGACUUAAAUGUGUUUCAAAAAAAAAAAAAAGACCAACAUGUACUCUUUUAGCUGAAGCAUUGUGCUUGGUGUGGGUCAGUACACUUUUAACAAGCAUGUGUUUUUUUACAGUUUUGCACAUUUAUGAGUGAAGUUUCAGACGAGACGUGUGUGACGCUCCUUGUUAAAAGUGUCAGCGAGAAACUCCAAGCCGUGAAUACUUGAAGUGCAACUUGAGCGUUUCAGUUCCAAUGCAGUGGAAAGUUGAUUUUUCCUUUUUUCUUUUUUUCCUUGGAGGGGGUGUUACUCUUAAUAUCCCAAGCCUUCUUACUGUUGACUCUGGAAUGUUCAGGCAGCGCGGCUGCCGCUCGGCCUGCUGGGAGAUUGAGUUCUUACCUUUUGAUUCCAUCUGGUGACUUAAAUUUUUCUCUUUAUUUUUGAAAAAAAGUCAGUGAAUGUGAGUUGAUUUCAGCGGAAAUCCUUUUUUAGUUUUGAUGUUUGACGAGCGGAGGGGGUCUGACGUUGCACAGAACUUGCACAUAAGUUAAAAACAAAACAAAAACAGUAGAAUUGUGUUGUAUAAGAAAGAAAAAAAAAUAACUGUACAUAUUUAUUUUUAAGUUUUCCUAUCUAUAAAGGACACUUUCCAUUAUAGUUUCCAAAAGAGUAAAUUAAAACUUAUUCUAUUUAGUGUUACAGGAGAGGGUUCAGAAGUGGACGGAGAAAUGUGUAUUUGUUUGCACGUGUGAGCGGUCGUGUCACCGCUGCUCACGCAAAGAAAAAAGCAAGGAUGUGUGUAAAAAUGUCAUCUCGGUGUUUGUACUUUGGUUCUUGUUCUCUGUUUUUUGCAAUCACCUGGUUUACACUUAACUCUGGAAUCAAAGGCUGCAAUACCGGAGCUUACUUAUGAGUCUGUUCGUCUCUGUUCUGGUGUUUUAACUCAACUAGAAAACGUGUUUUUUGUUUUUGUAUCUGUUCUUUAAACUUUAGGCAGGGUCUCACACACACACACACACACACACACACACACACACA